CGCCGUAAAGCAGCGUCCGGUGCGCGAUGCAUUGUGGGCGCUCGCGGCAGUAAAAUGGCGGACCUGGCGAACGAAGAAAAACCUGCCAUUGCUCCACCUGUCUUCGUGUUUCAGAAGGACAAAGCACAGAAGAUCUUCCAAAUACUGCAGGAAUUGUCCCAGCCCCUGAGGCUGCUGCUGCCUGGGGAGGAGAUGUUCCUGAGCAGUGUGUGGAGAUCAGCAGAUGGGUCGAGUCCAGAAGAUGGAGAUGAGUCUGACCGAGAGGAUGGCAGCUACUGCCCACCUGUGAAACGGGAGAGAACCUCCUCCCUCACCCAGUUCCCUCCUUCCCAGUCAGUAACCAAGAACAACGUCUUCAUGCCCUCCAGCUUCUGCGAGCCCUCUGCAGGCAACUCGGACUCGGAGCCAGAGGAGAAGAGCAGCGGAUUCCGCCUGAAGCCUCCGAUCCUUAUCCAUGGGCAGGCCCCCAGCGCAGGUGUCCCCAGCCAGAAGCCGAAGGAGCAGCAGCGCAGUGUGCUCCGCCCAGCGGUGCUGCAGGCCCCGCAGCCCAAAGCCUUCUCUCAGCUGGUUCUCAGCAGUGGCACCAAUGGUGUCAAUAUCCCCCCAGAGUCUGCAGCCACCUCAGAGUCACGAAGCAAUGCGAGCCUGAAGAGCUGCGACUCGGAAGAGAAGGCAGGAGAAUGUCAGAAAAGAGAUCCCAGCAGUGCUUCAGAUGAUGACAGCUGUGAGAAGGCAGAGCUGAACACCCAGCAAGCUUUUGUGUUUGGGCAGAACUUGAGAGACAGAGUGAAGCUGGGAGAUGAAAGCGACGACAGCGCCGAGGUGCAGAGUGCUGGGCUGCCCUCCUCCGACCUCCCCGCGGCGACAAACUACUUCCUGCAGUACAUCAGCUCCAGUGUAGAGGACUCCACAAACAGUGCAGAAGCUUCUAGCAACAAGUUUGUGUUUGGGCAGAACAUGAGCGAGCGAGUCCUGAGUCCACCAAAAUCAAACGAAGGUAGCACAGAGAGCAAUAAGGAGAAUGCUGCUGCAGAGUCUGGGUCUGAAUCAUCUUCUCAGGAAGCCACACCAGAGAAAGCUAAUAACAUUUCAGAGUCCCUGGCAGAGUCAGCAGCAGCCUACACUAAAGCAACAGCCAGGAAGUGUUUGCUGGCCAAGGUGGAGGUGAUCACUGGGGAGGAGGCUGAGAGCAACGUCCUGCAGAUUCAGUGCAAGCUGUUUGUGUUUGACAAGAACUCUCAGUCUUGGGUGGAGAGAGGCCGAGGGCUGCUGCGGCUCAACGACAUGGCCUCGACGGACGACGGAACGCUACAGUCCCGCCUGGUGAUGAGGACUCAGGGGAGCCUCAGGCUAAUCUUAAAUACCAAGCUCUGGGCUCAGAUGCAGAUUGACAAAGCCAGCGAGAAGAGCAUCCGGAUCACUGCCAUGGACACAGAGGACCAGGGAGUCAAAGUGUUCCUCAUAUCAGCGAGCUCUAAAGACACAGGGCAGCUGUAUGCUGCCUUGCACCACCGCAUCUUGGCCCUGCGGAGCAGAGUGGAGCAGGAGCAGGAGGUGAAGAGUGCAGCACCUGAGCCAGAGGUCACACAAUCAAACGAGGAGGACAGUGAUGAUGAUGUCAUUGCACCUUCAGGAUCAGCUGGAAGUGGUCCUGCUGAGGAAGGUGAGGGGCAGAACGUUGGCAGCACAUAGCAGACGUGAGCCCAUCUGCUUGCAAGGCUGCUAUGAACACCAUCUUGCAGGCAUCUCCGGACACCCCAGGCCAGCUCUUCUUUCAGGCAGUGUUUGAAGGCUCCAGGACUUAAGAACUGUGCAUCCCUGUUCUGUUUGUUUGGUUUUUUUGGUCUGGAUCAAUGAUUCUACACAAAAAAAGCAGACUUGGAAACUACCUGAAUGUGGUUUGGGACGUGAGAGCUCAUCAUAUUGAUGAGCCAAGAAACAACAACAACAACAACAAAAGAGGAUAAAAGAAAACAAACAAAAAACCAAACACUUUCCCCUCUUCCUUGCAAUCGAGGUGGCACAUUGCAGCUUGUCACAGCUUUCCAUUGGGACCUUCUGACUGUUCCUUCAGUAGUUCCUGUCCUGCAGGCCUCCGAGAUAGACCUUCCUGACGCGGUUCCGACUCCAGUUCUGCUUUCCUGACCCCAGCUCCCCCCUGAGUUCCUCCACCUGCAGGGGAACUGCUCCCCAGUUCCUGCACUCACUGACUGCCCUCCUGGGGAACUGCAGAUGUGGGGGGGGGGGAGGAGGAGGCAGGUUUUGGGGGGGUUUUGAACCUUUUUAAUCCCACCCCCCAGUAUUGCUCCCCUGUCCUAGUUGGGUUUGUAAACAGGACACAAAACUUUGUGGGUCACCAGAGAAGCUUUUUUUUUUAACGUGCUGAGAAGAGACUUCAGAGCCCCCAGGAUGUUCUGCUUCACUUGUUUGGGUUUUUUUGGGGUUUUUUUUUUCCUCCUUCCCAUUUCAUUGUUCUCCUUUGGGGAUUUAUAUUGUGGUGGUUUUUUGUUUGGGUUUUUUUUUUAUGUUAGUUUUUCAAUAAGAUGCUCUUUGUGUGUUGAAAAAGUGAAACUCUCUUGUUUUGUACUCUUCUGUUCCUAUUUAAGGGAGAGCUGAAAGCCACUCUAGAGUAGGUGUUGCCCACAGUGUUUGCUCUUAGAAAAGCUCUGUCUCUCUGUGGCUGCAGUAACCUGUAGGAGGCUUCCAGGUUCCACCUUCAGAAAAGCUGAUGAGGAAACAGCUGCUGCCCUUGGAAGAGCAAAGCCAGGCUCAUGCCACCAGCUCCCUCAGCCAUCCAAACCAGCCUGUCCCAUCAAGCAGCCCUCACUUGCUGGCUUGAUUCAGCAAGCCACCGAAGCACUUGCCUGACCUCCCCACCGGGGAAUAACCUCCCCGAAGUCACCACAACUUCUCCAUGCUUCAGUUGAGCUCCUCCUUCACUGUCUCGCUGAAUUAACGGCCUUAAAUAGAAAAGUAACUUCUAACCCUCCCCCUCCUCCUGUCUCCUGAAGUCUUGCAGCAUGAGGGGAAAACCCACACAGGUAUUUGCCAGCUUUGCCUCGUCUGGGCUGAAGGAUUCUGUACUCUGUUCCACCAAAAUAAAAGCAAGAAUGUGUUCUCCUGUGUGUAGUUCUGAA